AUGAAUCGUGUGCUGUUUUUUCUUCACUUGGUGUUGAGCAUCGUUUGUGUGGGUGCUGUGGCUGGUGUGGAGCCAUCAGAGAGUGCUGUUGAAGAGCAAGAUCCCAGAGAACGUGCUCUUGGACAGCCUGCUGCUCUUGGUGAAGGUCAUGGUAGAGCUCUCGGUGCUUCGGGUGAGGCUCUGGCUCGUGGUGCUGCAGAGGCAAAGCCAGGAUUGGAAGCCCCAAAAGGCCAUGAUAAUGGUCAUGUCGUAAGUGUACCUGGUGGUGGUAGUCUUCUUCCUGAAAAGGAGCAGAAAGGGCAAAACGUGGAUUUGCAGGGCCCCAAGGUGGAGAUGGAGCAAGAAAUGAACGAGAAAAAAAGGACUACUAGACCUCAAGAAGUAACAGUGGAGGCAGACAGUGAUCAUAAAGAAGCACAAAGGCCGGGUAAUCACGCACAACUGUCUGAUUCUGAACUCACUUCACCCCCAACUGUAACUUCAGAAGAUGUCCCACCUGCACCGCGUCCUGUAGAUCAGGCAAGUGGUGGUGGAACAUUGUCUAGGCAGAGUACGAGUGGUGGUGGUCAUGCACAGGAUAACAGUGAGCAGAUAGAUAAUGUUCACGUGAGAGGCACGCAGAUCAGCAAUGGUGGACAGAAUGAGGGAAAUCGAGAUAAAUCACAAUCCCCUUCUUCUAAUCAGCCAGGUACCGGUGAUUCUGAGACUCAGGAUAACCAUUCUCAACAGGUACAGACGCCCACCACACAGGACUCUCAACCACAAGGCGGUACAGGUGAAAGCAAUAACUCAGAGACCCCGAACUCCGAAACUAACAAUACACCCAGUAAUGAUGAGGAAUCAACCACCACCACCACCACAACAACAACACUUCCUCCUGAACCCACAAACAACAAGAAGGGUGAUGCAGACAGCAGCAGUAUCAGUUCUGUGUGGGUACGUGUGCCACUACUAAUUGUGGCUAUGUUGUUCUCCGCUACUGUGUACUGA